AUGAACUUAAAAUUGAACCUUAUUAAAAGACACAACAGUACUGAUAUAAAAACUUUGAAAAAUAAAAGAGUUGAGGAAAAAGAUAGGCUUAUAAAACCAAUUGUGGUAUUUGUAAUAUUUGUAGGAGCAUUGAGCAGUGUCACUAAUGAAAAGAAGAAAUAUCAGGAUCUCUUGCGUCGUUAUGAGUUAAAGAUAUCGAUACUAGAACAAUUAAUUAACAAAGCUAAAAGAAAUGAUUUUCAAUUUAAUAUUGAUGAAGAAAUGAUAUCAGUCAAUAGAUUAUUCAGGAAUUCAGAAAUAAGUAAUAAUAAGUUAUUCUUGAAAAGCAAAGAUAUUCUAAAGCAAACAGACACAUCCGUGACUUCUGCCAAUGAUACUAUUGAAGAAGAUGAAAACCAAAUAUGGCAAUCUAUCUUAAAAGAGAUGGAAGCUGAACCACAACUUAAUAAAGUGGAAGAGGUUACAUCAACUCCGCCAACCAAGGACAUUCCUAAAAGCACAAAACUUAAAGAACAAUCUCAGAAACCACAAGUGUCUGGAUACUUAUAA